CGCACCUGCGCGGCCAUCUUGGACUACUCGCUAGCAACGGACACUGAACAGCAGAGAAAAAGGAGUUAAUUACACCUUAACGUGACAAAACAGGGAUAUGUCCGCUAGAAUCAAGGAUAUAUGAAACAGACCAAACACAGAGGAACGACUAGGGGACGAUAACGGAGACGGUACAGCAGCCAUCUAAGUGCCUCGGAUACCCAGACCUUCAAGUCAUCUUUUUUGCCGGAGUAGGAAGGAAGAGUCGAGUCACCGACAGAAAAACAUCCAGAGUGAAACCAUGAAUCCUGAAUAUGACUAUCUGUUCAAGCUCCUGCUCAUCGGAGACUCUGGAGUAGGGAAGUCCUGUCUUCUGCUCCGUUUUGCAGACGACACCUACACAGAGAGCUACAUCAGCACCAUCGGAGUGGAUUUCAAGAUCCGCACCAUUGAGCUGGACGGCAAGACCAUCAAACUGCAGAUUUGGGACACUGCAGGUCAAGAAAGGUUUCGUACCAUCACCUCCAGUUACUACCGUGGAGCCCACGGCAUCAUAGUUGUAUAUGAUGUGACAGAUCAGGAGUCCUACAACAACGUGAAGCAGUGGCUUCAGGAAAUCGACCGCUAUGCCAGCGAAAACGUCAACAAGCUGCUGGUGGGAAACAAGUGCGACCUGACCACCAAGAAGGUGGUGGACUACACAACAGCCAAGGAGUUUGCUGACUCCUUGGCGAUCCCGUUCCUGGAGACGAGCGCCAAAAACGCCACCAACGUGGAGCAGGCCUUCAUGACCAUGGCUGCAGAGAUCAAGAAGCGCAUGGGCCCCGGGGCCACGGCCGGCGGCGACAAGCCCAACUUAAAAAUCGAGAGCACCCCCGUCAGGCAGUCUGGAGGGGGCUGCUGUUAAAGGACCCCCGUGCCUCCACCACCCUGACCAUCACCUCCACUACCUUCACACUGACAUCUCCCGUUCUUCUCCUUCUGUGCCCCCCACAUCCUCACCAUCAUCCCACCAUUCUGCCAUAACACCCUGUAACCCCGCUCUCUGGCCCCCACCCCCUCUGUCACCCUGCCUGGCAAACAGAGGAGUAAACUGUAAGAGAUUUAAGAUCAGACCUGCGCACCACUCACCAAACACCAGAGAAGAGGAAAGGCAGCCAGUGUGUGAGGGAGACCCCCAGAGGACAGAGAGAAAACACAUGGGUGGAGGGGGGCAUUGAUCUAGAGUUGAAGAUGAAGUUUAGAGCUUAUCUAUACACACACACACACACACACACACACACACACACACACACACACACACACACACACACACACACACACACACACACACACACACACACACACACACAGUAGGAGGUGUUCCUGUGUUCCUGAAUAGCAGCAGCCUCUGACUCUGACUCAUCGUUGCCAUUUAUUGAUGAGGAUCCAGGGGAAGCCUGUUCACUGAGCCUCCUCUUCCUCAGCUCCAUCCUUUCUCUCUUCAGGUGCGUUCAGACACAAAAUGAAGCAAAAUUUUACCCUCAUUUGUUUAAAUGUAAUCGAUUCACCCCAAACAGCUGUACAGAUGUUAGCUCAGAGUUGCUUCCUUCCAGUUUCUCUCACCUCUGUAUGUUUAUUAUGCGCUUACUUGUCUCUCCAUUGACUUUGUAUGUAACUACACGACUCUGACUUUUGCAUCAUACUCUGUCUGAACACACCUUUAAGUUCUCAUCACGCUUCAAACAAACCAGGUCUCUCCGUGUCAUCAUCGUCACGGUGCUGGUCUUGGUCACAGAAGUGGAGAAUAAAAAAAAAAACACCAAAGUACAAAUGAUUUCAGACUUUACUCUGAGCAGUUUGAGUCACACUGAGGUCUGUGGUGCUUCAGAGGAAAGUGACACAGUGAACUUAAUCUUAAUAAAGUGUUGUAGUGACCUCAGUCUGAACCAGUAAUGAGAUCAGAGACUGCAGGUGGUCUGACAGUAGCUCCACACCUGAGGUAGAAGAGAGUCGCUGGAGGCCCAGUUAAUUCCACAUGUGAACGUUAGAGCUGGGGUGAGGAGGAGGGGGAGGAGGGGGAGGAGGGAACUGUAACAUAUACUGUUUUUUCAUAUGUAAGAGAAAGAAAUGUGACAAAAUGCUGUAACAUUUAGCACCGUGACCUUCUGGAUGACACUAAAUAUUACAGUCAGAGGGCAGAUAGCUCCAGAUGUGGUGGUGGUGGAGGGAGGGAGAUUGGGGGGGGGGGGUCUCUUAGUUAGACACUCUGACAAACAGAAGCAAUUGGUAAUAUCCUGCAUUGAUCUUACAAUUACUGUUUUAUUAUUGUUGUAGUUUUAUUGUUUUUUAUUUUCCAUUGAUGCUUCUGACGGAGACGACAGAUAGUCGUUUCGCUCUUGCUUGUUUGCAGAUGAAGCUGGGGUGGAGAUGUGGUGUGGGUGUGUCUGUUGGCUGAGGAGGCGGGGUCUUAACAAAAGCUGCUGUUCCUUCCCUGAGGUCGACCUGUCUGUCAAACACAGUUGUUUCCUUUUGGUUCACACCUGUCUCCUCUGCUUCCCCGUGCUCCAGUUUGUGCCUCUUGUUUAGUUUUACUCUGAUUCUUAAGGCCUCAGUUUACUUCAAAUGAACUGGGUCAUACAAAAUGUCAAGUGUGUCCACCUGCUCUGAAGGGCCACAAAAAGCCUGUUGUGAUGGCGAGGGGCCACAUGAAGCAAACAUGUCCCGGUGAAGUAAAGAGGGUUUCAGACACUUUGUUUGAAGCAAACUGAAGCCUUUAAAUUCAGCCGAGGAUGUUGUUUAACAGAGGAAAUAUCCAUGAUCUAUACACAGACAUGGACACUGGACGACCUCACCUGUCCUCUGAGAACACAGGUGUGUCUAGGUGUGAUGAAGGAGCAUUUUCAGUUUGUUAAAGUUGUAUUUCAGCACAAAACAUUUUUGACGUCCGAUUUUCAACCAGCACAGACGUGCUGAUAAAGUCUGUAAAAUGUGGUAGAAAGCUCUGGCAGAGGAUAGUAAGUGGACCUUGAGUUAAGAUGUUUUUUAUUACCUGACACUACAGACACAUGUUGGUCAGAACCAGGAAGUCCUGUAACAAACUGGGGCUGGUAGUUUCUCCUCUCUGCUGUACGAGACGGUUACGUGAAUGGAUUUGUCUGUUUGCCCUGACUGCAACUGGUUGGCAUAGUAACGCUGAAAUCAGAGACAGGUAUGAGGCUGUUUACAUGGCUCUCUGCCUCAGAGUGGGGUGAGGUCUCGGUGCUGUUCCAGGGUCUCUACACUUCUGUAUGUGAAGCCUUAUUAACCUGAGAUGCAACUUUUGACCCAGUGUGAAGAAGAUCUGGAAACUGUUGUUGUUGUUUUUGUUGUUGUUGUUGUUGUAGGAAGCUGGUGACACUUUAAACUGUACUAGAGAGGCAUCAGAGCUUUUUGAAGACGUCUCUCUCUCAGUUCUGUGGUGUAGUUGUUCAAAGCAGGGAGUCAGUUUGAUCAUGUGUGUUGUGUUUAGUGGCGUCUGGAGGUUCAGGGACUGACUGGUCCUGGUUUGCUGACCGGAUAUGAACUCCCUGCUCCCCCCGCCAGCAGACCAUGUCACCGCAGCUCCAUGACUUCCUUCAGACCCUUUCUGAUGGGCCCCUCCACUCGGGCUCUGUUCCCUCUCCUGGACCUUGUCAGUGUUUCAGGUACGACGCUGCCUCGGGCCGCGAUAACGCGUCACAAAGAAAAUGUAGCCGCAAAAAAUGCAAGUUCAGCCUCAUCAUCAUCAUCGUCAUCAUCAUCAUCUCUGCUCAGUCAGCGCUUCAGUGAUCAGAGCGGAGCUCAGAUGUGACGCCUCUGAUCGUGUCAGUGUCGGUUUACACGUAUAUUUUUAGAUUUGUCGAGCUGAACUGGAAUGCUGUAGUUUGCUGAGCAGGAAUCUCACAUUAAGGGGGAGGGAAGGAAGCAGCAGUGUGUGUGUGUGGGUGUUUGUGUGUUUGUGUGUGUGCGCAGAGUGGGGAGGGGUCGUGUGUAACAUUCCCCAGCUUUUCGGACACGUGUUGGUCUCCCUGCAUCACGCCAGUCUCACUUGAGUAGAUGCAGAACAAGCAAAUUAAGUCUCACACACACACACACACACACACACACACACACACACACACACACACACAUACAUAUAUACUGGACAUUUUGAUGACUGAUUUCCUUUUUUUUAAUCUUUCUUUCAACGAGUCUUGAUGUUCUACUGAUUUUACUGUGCUCAUUGAAUACUCUACUGUGUUGUUUGGGCUGGGGGAGUAUGAGGGGACACUGGGUGGGGUGGGGUGGGGUGGGGGUGGGGGGACCUUGGGGUGAGGCUUUUGCUUCUGAAUGUGAUUCUGAUGAAACAAUGCUUGACUUUUUUUCUUCUGUUCUCUUUUUGUAUUGGUUUGGGUUUGUAUGUCAUUUGCACACCUGUUCAUCGCUGUUUAUUGGCUCAAUAAAGACACUCACCAGGUGUUUGUUAAUAAAAAGCACUGGGCGGGAACUUCCUGUCACUCACCUUCUGUCUUCUUUCUGUUCUGCUUGGCGCUGUCUCCCUGCUUAGUUUGAUCAUGUUUUUUUUCUGUAAAUACUAUAAAUAUAUAUAUAUAUAAUAAAAUGAUGAAAAACAUCAACGUCAA